AUGGAUUGCCAACAUCACCCCCUCCUAGAGGAACCUCACACCGCCCCCGACGUCGAUCCCCACGACUCCGUGGAUCUGGCCGAAGACGCCGAAGACGCCGAAGACGCCCAGGAGAGCAGCAGUCGGACCUUGUGGGUGGGCGAUGUGGAGCACUGGAUGGACGAGGAGUUCCUUCACCGUUGCUUCAGUCCCAUUGGCUCGGUGACCAAUAUCAAGUUGGUUCGCCGCACCAACCUGCCCAGCUCGGGCGGCUUCGCCUUCGUCGAGUUCGCGGACCGUGCGCCGGUGGCGGAUGCUGUGGAUCGCCUGGAAGGGAGAGCCUUCCACGCCCUAGGAUUCAACUUCCGCGUGAACUGGGCUCAGUUCUCUGUGAACGACUCCAACCUCGCGAAUCGCAAUGGCAGUGGCGCUUCGCGUGGCACGGAGUAUUCGAUCUAUGUGGGCGGCCUCGACUUCGCGGUGAAGGACCAUGAUCUCCUCAAUGCCUUCAUGUCAAGGUAUCCCUCGGCCUUCCAGGCCAAGGUGAUUUGCGACCAGCACACCCAGUUCUCCCGGGGUUUUGGCUUCGUUCGCUUUCGUGAGCAGCGUGAGGCGGAAGAGGCCAUCCGUGAGAUGCAGGGCGUCUUCAUUGGAUCCAAGGCCAUUAAGGUGAAGCAAGCGAACCGAAGCCAGGAGGCCCUUCGGGUGCGGAGGGAGCGACCGGAGCUCUACCGGUCCCACGGUAUCCGCUUCCUUCACCGCGUGCCCGCGUCCGCCACCGCGGCACGCUUGCUGCCGCAGAUGGUGCCGGUGAUCGACAGCAUGGCGGUGACCACGGUCCUGUGCAUCAGCCAGUUGGAUGCGGCCACUCCGCAGGACCCUUUGUGCCCGGUGGCGAAAGCAGUUGAAAGCCAGGAGCAACAAGGAAGAGAUCCGAGAGUGGUGAUUGGGAUUGGUGGGAAGACUGAUCCAGCCCAUUCCAGGUGGCGUUGGGAGUGUGAGAUGGGUAUGGUAUACCCUUGCUGGUAUCUUGUUCAUGGAUCAUCCGCUUAUGAUCAUCUUGGCCGGUUCACCCAUGACCCGACGCCCUCUUCGGACGAGAACUCUUCCUCCGGGUCGACCAACAAGCGCCCUUCGAGCGAGCCUUCGGCCAGAGGCCGACUUGCAGCAACUUCUGCAGCGUUGUGCUGCCUUUGGCGUGCCUGGGCUGGCCGCAGAUGGAUCCGCCGCAGUGUGGAGGUCGCGGGCGAAGAUGAAGAUCAAGUGGUAUAG